AUGCCAGGUGUUCAAAAAGCUGAAAAACAAGCCUCUACAAAGCUAAUGCCUAUAGCACCUGCAGGAAUUAAUGAUUCUAAGUCAAGACUCCUGUUUGAGCAUCACUCACGGAAGGAAGAUGGACCAGCCUGUCCUGUUAGACUUGGUUUGGAAGAACUACGGAAACCUCAGGAAGCCUCAAAGAUCAUAGUGAGAUCUCCAAAGCGAUCUUGCUCCCAAGGAUGUAGGCCAACUCAAGAAUUAGGAUCUAAGGUCAUUUGUGUGUCCUCUCCCAACAUCUCCAAAGUGGCCAGCCCCCAGUUUUCCAUUACUGCAAUUAAGGAGGGCCUUAGAGACUCACGUGAGCGUCAGGGCACGAGGGGCAUGAAUUCAUACAUCUUUACAAGUUCCUGGACUCUUUUAAGAAGUGCUGCAUCACUAAGUGACCUCUCCUUGAUGCAUGACAAUGCAGCCUUCAGUGUCCCCAGCCCCAAGCAUGAGUUUAGAAAAGGGAUGCCUACAGAUCUCAUUGGAGAGGACAGUGAUUCCCUUCAAAGCAUCCCAGAGUUUCUUCUUUCCCCUAGACAGCUCCCUCAUACACAAAUGACCCAGAAAAGGGCGAAGAGUGUAGAGCAGUGUCGGCUUCCUUCUUUCAGUCUCCACCCAGCACAUUCUGAUUUGAACUUGUCCACUUUGGCUUCAUUGUAUUCUACUUGCCAUUUGUCCUCAUCCCUAAAUGUCCUGGCUUAUCCUCUCUAUUCAGAACUAGUUCACAGCCCCCGAGCUUUCCGAAGUCAUGGCAUUCCUGGGGGCAGAUCUUUGCAAAUGUCAUCAAGACCAUUUUCGAGACCUCCUCAUUUCCCUAUGCUUCCUGGCCAGGCUCCUAGCAGUAAAAGAAACAGCACAGUUGGGCGUGCAGACAACAUGGCUAUGUCAUCAAGCAAUCCCAAUGUGGGGUUCCCUGGCCACCAUAAGUCUGAGCCAUCUCCGAUCCCACAUCUGGUGGCUGUAAAAUCCCAGGGACCUGCCUUGACAGCCUCCCAGUCAGUGCACGAGCAGCCCACAAAGGGCCUGUCUGGGUUCCAGGAGGCUCUGAAUGUGACCUCUCACCGCGUCGAGAUGCCACGCCAGAAUUCAGAUCCCACCUCUGAAAACCCUCCUCUCCCCACUCGCAUUGAAAAGUUUGACCGAAGCUCUUGGUUACGACAGGAAGAAGACAUUCCACCAAAGGUGCCUCAAAGAACAACUUCUAUAUCCCCAGCAUUAGCCAGAAAGAAUUCUCCUGGGAAUGGCAGUGCUCUGGGACCGAGGCUAGGAUCUCAACCCAUCAGAGCAAGCAACCCUGAUCUCCGGAGAACCGAGCCUGUCUUGGAGAGCCCCUUGCAGAGAACCAGCAGUGGCAGUUCCUCCAGCUCCAGCACCCCCAGCUCCCAGCCCAGCUCCCAAGGAGGCUCCCAGCCUGGAUCACAAGCAGGAUCCAGUGAACGUACCAGAGUUCGAGCCAACAGUAAAUCGGAAGGAUCACCUGUGCUCCCCCAUGAGCCUUCCAAGGUGAAACCAGAAGAAUCCAGGGACAUUACCCGGCCUAGUCGACCAGCUAGCUAUAAGAAAGCAAUAGACGAG